AUGGCCUCCGACCCUCAUGCUGCCUGCUCAUUCUGCGGUAAACCCGCUCAGAUGAAGUGCAACGGCUGCAAAACGCAUAUGUAUUGUCAAAAGGAGUGCCAGGUUCGAGAUUGGCCAAAUCACAAGGUCAUCUGCAAAGCUCAGCGGCUCGAGCAAGCUAUAGAACGAAUGGCGAACAUCACCCAUCAAGCCUACCUUACCUUCAGAGAGAACACCUGGGACACGCCCAUAGAGAAGAUCGAGGACAAAGAAGAUGAGUUGGUCAUAUUUGAUGGAGACCAAAAGCUGAAUCUGCGCAACUUCACCCCAUUUCCCGACAAACUCGUCAAAAACGAUCGAACGAAGAUGGCCAUGCUCUGCAUGUUGAUUUGUAAUGAGCCCCUGGCGUUCAUGCACAGUCUCAUCACCAAGUUACUUCGAGGUGUCGACGUUACAGUCGAAGAACUCCAAGUGCAGUUACGAACAGUUCCGCGUAAGGCCAUUUUUGUUGCACCAGAUGGUUCGCGGCAAUCAAACUGGCCAGAAUUCUCUCACAUGGUACUUCGCUUGAAAUCCGUCAAGAGCGGCAAGCAAUGGGUAGUGGAUCUCAGUGGCGGACAGUACGGCAUAUGUCAACCAUUUUGGGACUGGGAGAUCUAUGUGGCAAAUUACGUGGGCAAGAUCACCGCGAUUUAUUCCUCAGGCACGCAGAGAGAACUCAUUACUGAGUUAGCGAAGAUCGAUGGCAAUCCUGUGCUUACCUACCGUCUCGUCCAAGACGCCGCAGACCAACUAAACAAAGCGGUUGACAUCUGGGAAGAACGACACAUGAAAUUAUCGAGAUUGUUGUUUCUUGGAGACGCGGCAUACAGGCAGCAAGAGAUGAGCCUCCUCGAUAUCAUGAAGGCCGCUGUCCGUAGCUUCAUCAACUCAACCGACUUUGCCAAGCCGGUGCAAGCAGCUAGGGCCUAUGAACAAGCCAAUCCAGGCUUCAGUCAGAGGAAGUGCUGUGAUAGGGCCAUGUUGCUGCAGUCAGUCAACUUGUUGAACGAGCACUGA